AAUGCGGCCGCGGGCCGGGAUGCCGCGACCCGAAGAGAUAAGCAGCCACCGCCGCUGGCCGGAGCCCGAUGGCGCUGCUCUCGCCACCGCUCGUUCCCCUUCCCUCGCCGUCUCGCCAACGCGUCUCGUCUCCAUCGCUCCUGGCGGCAGGGGCAGUUGCCAGUCAUCUCAUUUGUCUCUUCCCCCACAGUCACCGCCGCCACGAUGCACUCUGCCCCUCUGUCCCCAGUGUCUGGCCGCUCCACCGGCGGCGCCGCAGGGGUGCAGCUGCUUCCCUCGACCAGGAGGAGCCUAGUGCCUCUGAAACUACAGUCGCGACUUCCGACGAGCCGGCGGAGGCGAGCCCGGAGGACCUGGAGAGCAUCCGCGAAAUCAAAAGGGUACUGGAACUGCUGAAGAAGAACAGGGACAUGACUUUUGGCGAGGUUAAGCUUACCAUCAUGAUUGAGGACCCUAGAGAUAUAGAAAGGAAGAGAACACUCGGGAUAGAGGAUCCUGAUGAAAUUACUAGGGAUGAUCUAGCGGACGCUUUGGCUGAGGUUAACGAAGGAAGGAUUCCAGAGAAUCGUGUUGCACUUCAAUUGCUUGCCAAGGAGAUGUCAGAAUGGCCAGACAUUGAGAUAGAAGCUCCAAAAAAGAAGAGCAAACCUGGGAAAUCUGUCUAUGCAAAAGCCACAGAUACUGGCAUCGAUCCUGAGACAGCUGCUAAAAGACUUAACCUUGACUGGGACUCUGCUGCUGACAUAGAUGGCGAAGAGGAGGAUGAUGAUGAAACUGAAGUGCCAUCUGCAGUGGGAUAUGGUGCUCUGUAUCUGUUGACAGCCUUCCCUGUUAUUAUUGGAAUCUCAGUUGUCCUAAUUCUUUUCUACAAUUCUCUGCAGUAGUAAACCCCUGUGCUCCUCCCGUUCUUGAGUGAGAAUGUGAGAUGUUGCCUUCUUGUCAGUCUGAGUUGCAAGGCUAGUUAAUCAGUAAUAUUUUUUACUCAAUUUUUCCAGCUUACACCAAGGGGUGCAAAGAUAUGACAAGUUGUAUAGAUGUGAAAUUCCAAAUUUUGGAAUAAGUCUUCAAGAUAUUUUUUUUAAAUGUGUAAAAUAUAACUUGUUGUUUUUUUAAUGAAGAAUGUAUUUGAAUAAAAGAAGUUUUUGAUUUGA